UAUUCGAGCACACAAAAUGUCACCAUUCUAGCAAACUACGCGUCGACAGAAAAUACGACACAUCCUGAAAGUUCUUCUACCGAGUCUACGACAGCAGGUUUUACCAUGCCGACAACAAGCGUGACCACGACGGCAGCAGGUGUGACCACGACGACAACAAGCGUGACCACGCCGGCAACAAGCGUGACCACGCCGACGGCAGGUGUGACAACGACACCAACAAGCGUGACCACGCCGACAGCUACUCCAGAACCUACAACGACGACAGACUUAACUCCUGAUACUACAUCUACCUUAGAGUCUCAAAAUACUACAGGGUCUCCAAAUACAACAAACUCUACUACUGAGGCCGAGUCUACUACAGGGUCUCCAAAUACAACAAACUCUACUACUGAGGCCGAGUCUACUACAGGGUCUCCAAAUACAACAAACUCUACUACUGAGGCCGAGUCUACUACAGGGUCUCCAAAUACAACAAACUCUACUACUGAGGCCGAGUCUACUACGGAGUUUCCAAAUACAACAGACUCUACUAUUGAGGCCGAGUCUACUACAGGGUCUCCAAAUACAACAAACUCUACUACUGAGGCCGAGUCUACUACGGAGUUUCUAAAUACAACAGACUCUCCGAAUAAUACAUCUACUUCAAUGUCUACAACUCAAUCAGACUCUACUUCAGUGUCUGCAGAAACUGGUACCACUGCAGAAUCUACUGUCAACACUAUCACAACCGCGUCAGGUGUAACGACCACCACCGCCGAAACCUCCAAAGAUACAACAAUACCUGCUCCCCCCGACAAAAACCCACUCGAGGGAGUUCAAUCCAGUGGCCUUUCCGAGAGUAGUAAAAUCGCCAUUGGAAUUCUCGUCCCUUUGGCCAUUAUCUGCAUUGCCGUAAUGGGAGUGUGUGUGUAUAGAAGAUACACAUCAUCGCAUGGUAGCUUGAAGACAUUCCUCAACCAGACGAUCCGAUACAAGGCUUACUCCAAUCCAAGUUUUAAGGACGACGAGUCAGAACUUGUGAAGUAUGAGACUAUAGGCCCAUAGUAAACAAACAAAAGAGAUUUCAAGACCUUAUGUUAUUUAUCAUGAAUUUUUGUUUCGUUAAUCUGAGCUUAUUGUUUUUAAAGUUAUUUGCUUUGAUUGAAUGUAUGAUCUGAUUUUUAUGACAAACGGUGAGUUAUGUUUCUUGCUUGUUGGUAUAGAUGGGCAAGUACUAGAUGUAUUUGUUAAUUGAGAAAACAUUAAGUUUCCUCUUAAAAAUUAAUAUCAGUGGCGGGCCCUGGAUCUUCAGGUCCUUUUGAAUGUGUUAAACAGGGCUUGUUUAUUUCUUUCCGACUUUUUUUCUCCAGGUGUGGGGUGCAUCAUUUGAAACUUCCAUUGAGGGCGCGUUUAAAAUUUCAGGAGUGGGCAGUGUUUC